GCCGAUCGUCGGCCCCCGAGCUUCUUCUCGGCUCGCCCCUGUCGACCGGGGCUGCACCCGUGGGCCGCGCAGACCGCUAGUGUGCGGCCCCGGCGUCGCGCAGUGCUGCUGCUCGCGACCAGCGUGGCAGCAGGCACGAGGAACAGCAGCAGCUGUUGUGUCUAUGAAACUAGAGCCUUUCCUUUGCUCUUCAAAACAGCGCGGACGUUUAUCGGCGAGCGCACAGCUGCGCCGCAGUCCCUGUUUGCUCGAGGCAGUGCUGCGCACGAGAUCUCGCCGGUACCAAGCGAAAAUGGAGGCGAACCACAGCUGCGGCGGUCGAGCCGCUGCUCAGCACCGGCGUCCAUGAAGCGCAGCGCCCUUUAUGCGAUCGGGGCCUUCCUCGUGGCCCUGUGUGUGGCCGGCAUCUUCUGCGUCAUCUUCGCCGACAUCACCGUCGGCCUUUUCAUUAUCGGCACAGCGUUUACCGUGGCCCUGCUUUUCGGCAUCGUGUGGAUGGGCCGCGCUUGCUACGGCGGGAUGCCGCGCCGUCCGUCACUCAGUACUUCAGUAGAAGACCCUUGUCAGCCGCCGGCAGACUCCCUCAUGGCCAUCGACAUUCCACCCUACCCCGCGCCAUCGGAGAAGGUGUUCCGAGAGGCGCACAACCAAAGGAGCGACUCAAGGGCAGUGCUCUACAAAAGCAGUGACGGGGCCGUAGUCAUAACAAAGCGGCCGCCCGUUCUCAGUGACUCGGACAAUGACUACAGCGGCGUCCAUCUUUAGGAUGCAGAACUCUUGCUGAAAGCGCGAAAUU